AUGGAAAAUAUUAUAACGCAAGUACCUCAAAAUGGUGCCGUUCCUAAUGGAUUUAUUAAUCAAUCAGGUUUAGAGCAGGAAGACCUUUCCAAUUAUGAUAAUGGGAAUUCCCUAGUUCACUUGAAUAUUCAAGAAAAUCAUUACUUCUUGACAAGGGAUCAGCUUAUGACCCUUCCUGAAUCCUUACUAUUAUGCCUUUUCCCCUCAGGUGUAUUUCUUGAUAGGGCCGACCAAGUGAUAACAAAUCUUACAGCAGAAGACGAAGUAUUCAUUACCAAUUUCCCAGCAACAUGUUUUGAAUACAUAAUGGAAUUUUACAUGAAGGCUAAUGAUGAUUUACUUAAUUUUCCCGUUCUUGAACAAUUUCCAUCAAUAAGGAAUGCUAAUAAUCAUACUCGAUAUCAACACCCACAGACACAACAGCAAUUUGAGCAAGAUGCUAUAUUACACGAAAACCCAUCUAUAAUUGUGCUUCGAGAAGAUUUAGAUUACUAUUGUGUUCCGCAAUUGGAGUUUGAAUUUGAACCUUUACCAGAAGGUAGGCCUCCGCUGGAUCAAUAUAUGAAAGACGAUUUAUUACAGCAUUGUAUGUCACAACUUAAAGUAGCUGCGGGCAGUUAUCUUUUAAAUCAAACAUCAAUUUUCCAAGGAUUAUACUUAUCCAACAAGAUACAUCAACAUGAAGUCAGCCAAGUACCAUUACAUGGAUCUGGGAAGUCUUCCACUUUGGGUCCUGCUGAACAGCAUUUAAUGGAUAUGCUUUGUUCUUCUGGGUUUCUUCCGGAAUCCCAGUGGGGUAAUAGAACACAAGAAUUUGGUAAGACUAUAAUUAGUUCCUUAUCAUUAUGUCGACUUUAUAAUGAAAGUACAGAAGAUUUUAGAAAUGCGGUUACAAGGGAGAUGAAAAAUUGGAAAAAGAAUAAAGAUUCCAAUGAUGGUACUAAGAGAUUUUCCAUGCCAAUAAUGGAAGAUGGUAAUUCUGGUAGAAAUAUUGACGAUAACGUUAGAAAUUCAGUUAUGAUUGCCGAUGAUAUCAACAUUAAUUCGAUGCCUGAUGAUGUAUACAAGUUAGUUCCCAAACCAACAAUUAACAACAAAUUGUUAUUGUUUUGGAGGAAACCUGCUAGGAAAAGUUGGUGGAGUGCGGAAAAUGUUGAAUUGGAAGUGGAAAUAUAUGGUAGCAUAGUUAAUGUGAAUGGAGUCAAUAAGGUUGUAUUAAGAGUACCUCAGGAGAAUGCUAAUGCUAAUGAUAAUGAGUUUGUAACGAAUACGGUCAAGAUACCGAUUAAACUUCAUAUAAGAAGAGUAUGGACUUUAGAAUUAAGUGUUGUGGGUAUACAGUAA